CUCACCAGCGGGGGAACAAGACCAACCCGGAAGCCGCACGUUAGUUUACUCUCUCGUGAAACGUUAUUUAAUAAAGUCCCGAACACCGGAGACUGUCCGCGUGCCGGUGGAGGAUGACGUCAGUCCCGGUGUGAGCGACACGGAGAAGCAGCUGCGGACGGGAGAAGAACCGGGACGAGGAUGGCGGACGAAGCUCCUUUCCAGUUCCUCCAUAACGAAGUCAUCCAGUACAUCUACAAGGCGGCCGAGAGCGGGGAGAAGGAGAAUGGCCGCCACGUCUCCACGCUGGAGAACAUGGGCUUCAGAGUGGGCCAGGGGCUAAUCGAGAGACUCACCAAGGACACGGCGCGGUUCAAAGACGAGCUGGACAUCCUGAAGUUCGUCUGUAAGGACUUCUGGACCUGCGUGUUCAAGAAGCAGAUCGACAACCUGCGCACCAACCACCAGGGGAUCUACGUUCUCCAGGACAACAAGUUCCGGUUGCUGAGUCAGCUGUCGGCGGGGAAGCAGUACCUGGAACACGCCCCCAAGUACCUGGCCUUCACCUGUGGCCUGGUGAGAGGAGCUCUGUCCGUCCUCGGGGUGAAGAGCAUCGUGACCGCCGAGGUGUCCGUCAUGCCCGCCUGUAAAUUCCAGAUCAUGAUCCAGAAGAUGUGCUGAGGCCACGCCCACUCUGUGGAGUCGAGGCCACGCCCACUCUGGAGGCCAUUAAAGGGAAACGUCUUCAGAACAUUCUGCACUUCGUGUCUCAGAUUUCAUAAUCAUCAUUUUAAUGUUGCAUCUCUGAAGACGGCUGCAGAUAUAACAUGUGGCUACACUAAUAUGAUGAAAUUAUGACUAAUGUUAUUAUAAUAAUUGUAUAAUUAGAUCCCGUGGUUGAGGACGACUGUUUCCUCCCAGAGUGAUUUAAAAAGUCCAAAUUAAUAACACAAAUAAAGCUGUAAUCAUUUAAAACUCUGCUUCUAUAUAACACGAUAUUCUGCUUUAGUCCAUAUGUGUCUAACAUUUCAUAGAGCUGCUUGCUUUGUGAAUAUAUAUAUAGAUUCAUACCAUAUUCAUGUAUGACAUCAUCAUAGUUGGACUCAGCAUCACGAGAUGCAGCUGGAGAGAUUCUUAGAAACUUUUUUUUGUUUUAUGAAAUAACAAUUAAACAAGAUUAUAUUGGCCAAAAAUGACGUCUUAGAGAAAGUGUGGCGACAGUGAAGGAAAUAUUAUUUAAUAUUCAGUCAUAACCAGGUCACAUGACUGAAGAGGAGUCACGUGACCCUGUUUAUGUGGAAUAGAAUACUUUGCUUAUGGCAGCUCUAAUGAGCAGUGUGCCCUGGAGGUCCCGCCCCCUGGAGAGCACACUGGCCAAUCCCAGUGUAGCAUCGGCCAUGUGACCUCAUCAGGGUUCUUCAUGUCAUCUGAGUGUUCCUCCAUGAACCCUGUGGAGAUAAAAACCUCGUAACUCCUGAACAUGCUUCUGCUUUGUGAUGAUACGAGUGAAUAAAGAUCUGCAGCAACACUGUA